AUGCAGCGAGACAAAGUGGAAGCGCUGACCAAGCUGGGCGCUAACGCCUUUGCAAAGAUGGAGAAGAUCAACUCAGAGCUUCUGUCGUUGACGUACGGUUCUAUCGUCUGCCAGAUCGUCAAAGAUGUCGAAUUCACGGACGGAGUCAACACGCAGCUCAUAUCCAUGGGCAGAAACAUCGGAUUCAGACUGGUAGACGAGGUUCUGGCCAAGCUGGGAUGCACGCCAUGCACUGACUUCAGGACCACCGUUGAGGUCAUCGCAAAGGUCGGACUGAAGAUGUUCCUGGGCAUCACUGGCGACGUCAUCGUUGUUGAUGAGGCAAAGAACCACUACCACAUUGCCUUUCAAGAGAACCCCCUGGACCAGUUCGUCGAGCUUCCUGAGAACCUAUCCGGGCUGGCCUACUCUAACAUCAUAUGCGGGGUUAUUAUCGGAGCACUUGAGCAGCUGCAAAUAAACGUUAAGUGCGAAUUUGUAAAGGACAUGCUGAAGGGCCAUGAUGUGUAUGAGAUCUCCAUCAAGCUACAGGAGGUGAGCAGCGCAGAAAAUUAA